GCCGGAGUAUACGCCUGCUCCAAAGUUGACCGAGACUCCAUGGAGAAAAUCAAACUUUGAUACUCUUAUGGACGAAAUAUUAAGAGUGAAGCCCGCAUGUCCGGCAAAUGUGUUGCUACUUGGUCCAACCGGGGCAGGUAAAUCUUCCUUCAUAAACUCAAUACUUACAAUUGCCAAAGGACGCUAUGUGAACAAGGCUUACACCGGAAAUAAAGAAACAAGUUUUACGACAACUUAUGACUGUUUUAUGGACGAUGGUAUCAUGCAACAUUGUUGUCUUUGGGACAGCAUGGGUAUAGAACACGUGCUGAUAGGUGGACUUUUACUCGAUGACCUUGAGUAUCUACUCAAAGGUCAUAUAAAAAGGGAAUACACGUUCAAUCCACGAUCGAAAAUAUCCGAGAAUGACAAGCAUUUUCGCCGCCAGCCCCGCAUUAGAGACAGGAUACAUUGUGUUGUGUUUGUCCUUGAUGCUGGCAUGGUAAACGAAGUCAUUGUGAAGCCAUACAUGUCAAAGAUCAAAGCUCUUCAAGAUCGAGCACAUGCUCAGAAUAUACCGUGCAUUCUGAUUCUGACUAAGAUUGAUGAACGAUGCAAAGAAGUACGUAAACACGUCGGGAAUACAUUUCUGAGCAUUAAAAUUCGCGAUGCUGUUACUAAGGCGGCAGACAUGUUUGGAAUUCCGGAGGGAAACAUUCAUCCGAUCAGAAAUUGUGAGGUGGCUCCUAAGAUUGAUGACGCCGCAAGUAAGCUCAUCUUAAUGGCCUUCAAACAAAUCAUGUACUAUUCUUCUGAUAAAAUAGAGGAACUGAAGAAAAAAGAACUGAAGAAAAAAGAGGAGAGUGGAUGCAUUUUAUCUUGAACCUUUUUAGAAAGGCAAACAUUUUACAAACUAUUUCUAUAUAUGACUGAUAAAAUUAUCUUAACAGGAAAUGGAGACAACUCUAAAAUAAAUCAUCCGAACAGUAAAAGCGUUAAAAGGAUUGAAUAUGUCAAAACUGUACAUUCAGGACCUUUCUGAAGAAUCUUCAGGUAACAUUAUCAACGGAUAAUAAACAUACAUUUUUAGCAAAAUAUUUCAGUGACAAAUUCGUGACUUUUUAAUGUUUUAAGUUUGAUAUAGUAUUAACAUCUACACAUUGUUUUUUCAAUGUUGCAGUUCCCUUUUCAUGUUGUACGCAUUGCUAAAGCUGUUGUUAUUGCGUUUGAGAAACCAUGACACUAUUCUAUGGGACAGACUGUUGUGUUGUUAUUUGAUUUUUAUUAUCAGCAUAUUCCUAUUUUACUUUUAUCAUUAGAAGUAGAAGUUUUGAUUGUUUGUUUCAUUUUACGCCUUUUCCCAACAGUAUUUCAGUCAUAUAGGCGGGUAGUUUCCUAACCAUCGUUCCUGUACACCUGUUACACCAGUACUAGAUUACCUUCCUCCGCGCUAAAGUACCAAAGCAUCUCCCGGGGAUCGAACCUACGCCAGAGAGGUAACUAGAAGUAGAAGUAAUUGUAGAGAUAUUAAAAGAUUGGAAAUUUAUUGAUCAUUCUUUUCCUUUUUAUUAUACUGAUUUCCAUUUUCAUUUUUUCGAAGCAGAAAUGAGUUUUGAGCGUUCUUUAGGAACUCUGUUUUUCUCUAUUUUAAACAUAGUGUGAAUGUAUUGAAUUUUCGGAGGUAUAUUGUUUCAAAUGGAUGGAGAUUUUGUGUAAGUAUUAUUGUCAGAUUAUCCCGCACAUUUGGAAACAGGUCAUUUGUAAAUUUAAAACUAUCGCUCUACGUGCCUUUUACAGCUUUCAGAUUUUAUUGGAUAUUUCUUGUUAUUACUUAGCCAAUUUAACAGUGAUAUUUCCAUUUUCUUCUCUGGUUAUUAUCUAAUGCUGAAGGUACGAAAAAUGCUGAAAAAAGUAUUUGAUCGAAACUUGUUUACACACUCUUUCUCAUUUGGAAAAACAAAUCAAAAAGUUUAAACCUCACAAGGAAUGUACUUUUACUAGUAACGUAACAUAAAGCUUUAAAUUUAGCAUGCAAGAAAAUGGUGUGAAUGAAUGGGGAAAUUCAAAACAUGUUUGCUGUGAAAACGUUUAAUGGGGGUCUAUUUAUUUUUCAAAGAAAUUAUGAGAGAAAAUGAUGAUACACAUGUAUAUUUAAAUAUGAAACGAGGAAAUAUUGCAUCAAUGGUUUAUCAACUAGAAUUAAUGAUAGAAAGAAAGCAAAGAAACUUAACAGAUUUAACUCGUCGGAAAACACCUCUCUCUAAAAGACAAGACGUAAAGUAAAAAGGAACGUAUUGAACUCUAAGAGCAAAAGGGGGAAAUAUAUAAGAAAUAAUCUAACAUUAGGACUGUGAGAAACCACAAAGUAUUUCUUAACAAAAUAUGUGAUGUCUUGAUUUCUAUCCAACUAUUUCUUUUUGAUACAUGACAUAUUUAUGUCAUCAUCACUGACUGUAUGAUGCUUGCAUUUGAUUUGUAACCCUUUACAAAUGGGAAACCUACUAGUCACAGGAUCCUCAGCUAUAUCAAAAUCUACCGCUGGGGAUGUUUCUUAUAUGUGUGACAACCCAGUGACAAUUUUUUUAAAUGCCUUGUACCUAAUGCACAAAAUGUUGGGUAUAUGGGACGGAAACAAUAUUGACAUUAACCAAACAUUAUACAUGUUAACAAGAAACAAAUGUCUGGCAGCAUUGGUGGCAGGAUUGCAAUUUGUAUGUUUGUAAAGGUUUAAUAUUUUAUAGAUAAAAAUGUUAUUUGUUUGUUGGUUAGUUUUUUCUUUGUACAAUUUAGGUUACUGUAUCAAAAAUAAAACCUGAAUACCCUGCUUAUAUUUGAAAUUUUAUAUUAUUUUGUCAAUAACUAUGUCCAAAUGUCCAGGUUAUAACGUAUUUUCAAUCUUUAACAAUUAAUAAUGUCAAUGGACAAAAAGAACUUCAAGCGUCCCAUCUACGUUAUUAAAGAUUUACCUAAGGUCAAUGUUGAAGCACGUAAAAAUUG